AUGGCAGCGACACGGAAUAUCAAGUGUGUGGUAGUAGGAGACGGAGCUGUCGGAAAAACAUGCCUCCUCAUCUCAUACACCACCAACGCCUUUCCAGGGGAAUACGUACCUACGGUCUUUGACAACUACUCGAGCCAAGUUGUGGUGGAUGGCCUGACUGUCAGUCUGGGACUAUGGGAUACAGCAGGGCAGGAAGACUACGACCGUCUUCGUCCGCUCUCCUAUCCCCAGACCGACGUAUUCCUGCUCUGCUUCUCCGUUGUCUCCCCACCAUCCUUCGAGAAUAUCCGUACAAAGUGGUGGCCAGAAAUCCAACAUCACUCGCCCGGUACCCCUAUCCUUUUGGUCGGGACCAAGCUUGACCUUCGGGAUGACCCGCUCCAGGUGGACAAGCUGAGGGAGAGGCGGCAGUCCCCCAUCGCGUACUCGCAAGGCUCCGCUAUGGCGACGGAGAUCAAGGCGGCCAAGUUCUUGGAGUGCUCGGCCUUGACGCAGAAGGGAUUGAAGACGGUGUUUGAUGAGGCGAUCAGGACAGUCCUCAACCCGAACCGCCGUGCCGGCAAGGCCAAGAAGUCGGGAAACUGCAUAUUGAUGUGA